CGAAGAAAUGAAGUUUUAUGUAAGGACAGCGGUUAUAAUGGUCUUGAUUACGAGUGUGUUUACACUGUUAACGUUAUUAAUCAUAAAAGCCUCAUGGAUUUCGAGCAACAGUCUAGUGGGUGACGAUCUUAAUCAACAUAGCUCAUUAUACCAAAUGUUCUUAGCUAGGAAACUUGGCAUUAAAAGGAAGUUUACAAGGAGGCACUCAUACAAAUCACGUCAAUCCAGGUACAUUCUGCUGACCAAGAAUCUAUCAGUAAUGCGCUUGCUAGAUGUGACCACUGCCAGGGAUAUGUGGACUUUGCCAAAUCUAGGUGCAGAUCAGAUACAAGCAGUCAUUGGAAAAGUCGAAGAUAUGUGUAAAGGAAACUUUAUCGGAUACAACCGUAGUUUCGCCUUACUUAAGAAUGUCAGCGUUGAUCCGAAAUUUGGGCAUGGCAGAAAAGGUGGAGAAAAUAUACCUGAAGUCAUAAAUCAGAGAGAAGAUCUGGAAUAUUAUACUUUAGAAAAGGGGUACUUCAAGCUGCGCUGUCAGGAAGUGGACGGCCACCCAGCAGGUGCGCUAGACGGCACGUGGUCUCGACUCUUUGGUGGCAUGAUUCGUGCAGGUGAGAUAACUGAAGCAGUAACAUUCCCAAGUAUGGUCUGGUCCACCAUCGGCUACGACAGCAUGCUCAACAGCCACCGUCUACAUCAAGUGCCAUUUCUGGAGGAAUUUAGAAGCUUCUUUCUCUUAAGACACUCUGUACAUUUCAAUGACGCACUCGACUGUGAUAAUCUGACGGUAGUACUCCUUUUACGCAAAGACUAUAUAGCACAUCCUAGAAACCCAUCAGGAUUAGUAAGCAGAAAAAUAGAAAAUGAUAAAGAACUGGUUCAAAGUCUUAAGGAGUUUUUGCCUCGACAUAAUGUGCUUUGUUCUCAAAUUGAUCUUCUUUCCAUGAAAGAUCAGUUGACUCUGAUAUCACGGACGGACAUACUGAUUGGUAUGCAUGGUGCCGGCCUUACUCACACGUUAUUCCUACCUAAGCAUGCCGGUUUGAUCGAGCUGUACCCGAACUACUGGCCCACUGCAAAUGUACACUUCCAGGCCAUGGCACGCUGGAGAAACCUCAAAUACUUACAGUGGCAAAAUACUGAUCCGUCUAAUGAACGUGCAAAUAAAUAUACUGUCAUUAACACCAAUGAUGUUGUAGAAAUGGUGGAAGAUAUCCAUGCUUUAAUGUGCAACUGACGGAACAACUUCAGCAUACAGCAUGAUUGACAAGCACUUGAACCCUUUAAGUGUAAUCAGCCCCAUAAAUGAGAAACAAAAACUUAUCCUUCAAGUUUGUCAGUAAAUUUGUAAUCAAAUAUGCAAUUUUCAUCCAUCGU